AUGGUUGAGCACGGUACAGCCCGUCCUAAUGGUACAGACAGCUGGAAUGGAACAAACACAUCCUGCCCUUGGUCAGAAGUCUGGCAACAGUUGUUACGUAUCCAGCCUUCCUUUCUCUGGUUUCUUACUAUAGUGGGAACACUGGGGAAUAUAUUUGUUCUCAUUGUCUGGUGCUUCCAUAAGAGCCGCUCCACUGUGGCUGAAAUUUACCUGGCAAAUUUAGCAGCAGCUGACCUUCUGUUGCUCUGUGGGUUGCCUUUCUGGGCUAUCAACAUAGCCAACAACUUCCAUUGGCCAUUUGGGCUCAUCCUUUGCAAAAUCAUCAACUCAUUCCUUGUUAUCAACUUAUAUUCAAGCAUUUAUUUUGUGGUCAUGGUGAGCAUUGAUCGCUACUUGGCUUUGGUGAAAACAAUGUCUCUGGGACGCAUGCGCCAGCCAGUGUAUGCCAAAUGGAACUGUUUUGUGAUUUGGGUUUCUGCCCUUUUCCUUUGCUUUCCUACUCUGGCAUUCAGGUCAUUAAAGGGUGUGAAUGGAUAUGUGGCCUGUAUUUUGAACUAUCCUGCAAUUCAGUGGACAAUUACCACGGCCAUUUUGCUGAACACAGUGGGCUUUCUGAUACCAGUCUGUAUCAUUACCUACUGUUCUGUUCAGAUCAUCCAAACUUUACAAAGCCGUGACAUUCAAAAGAUCCAAACCAUUCGAACUGAGAAAAAAGCCACCAUACUGGUUCUUGCAGUCCUUCUUCUGUUUAUCAUCUGUUGGCUUCCAUUCCAGAUCACCACAUUCAUAGAUAUGUUAUUUCAAAUGCAUAUCAUUUCUGGUUGUGAUGUAGAUCAAGGCCUUGCUGUGGCUAGUCAGAUUUCUUCCUAUUGGGGUUUCAUCAAUAGUUGUCUUAACCCAAUUGUCUAUGUCAUCAUAGGCAAACGUUUCCGAAAUAAAUGCAAGGAAGUCUACUUUGGCAGAGUUCUUCGAAGACCUAGCGCAGCGCCCUCAAUGAUGACCAUGGAAACUCUCCAUACUUCCUUUUCAGUAGAUAAUCAAAGGAAAAAAUCUGCUGCUAGUUUAUCCCAAAAGCAUAAUUUGCUUAUUUCAUGA